GUAGAUGAUCAGGGCAGGUUCUGAUCUGAAAUCGCCUGUUAGUAUGGCAGGAUUGUUCAAUAUAUGGAUGUUUAUAGUACUCGUCUUUGGAUCAGUAGACUCGUUUCAGGCCUCCCUGCUUUCUCCUCGCAUGUCAUUCCCCCACGGAAGUCCAGAGCGUGUCUUGGGCAUCUACCACAGCUCUACAGUGAAGAACUCCACCACUCUGCUCCUCAGCACUGAUGCUCAUACACUAUUUGUUGGUGCUCGAGAUGCUGUGCUCUCACUGGAUGUCAGUCAGCCUGAUAAUAUCACACUCAAAGAAAAGUUGGAUUGGACAGCAUCUAAAGACAAUCUAAAUAAAUGUACAACAGCCUCAAAGACGGACUGUGGCAACUUCAUCCGUAUUCUACAAUUUUUCAACUCUACACACCUUUAUGUCUGUGGAACGAAUGCAUAUGGACCACAAGGCAUAAUCAUUCCAGCAAGUUCUCUGAGUGCCAACAGAGAAACAAAGGAUGCCAAAAACUGCUGUCCCUACAGUUCCACCCAGAGGAACACAGCCAUCAUUGUUGAUGAAGAGCUGUACACAGCGACCAAUGUUGGCUUCUUUGGGGACAAACGUGUCAUUGCUCGCUGUCUUAGCAAAGGCACACAUAACAACUUGGUGCUUGAAAGUGUGCCAAAAUUGUUAAAUGACCCUUUAUUCAUAAGUUCUACACACAUCGGCAGUGAAGGCAAGGUCCUAUUAUUCUUCACUGAGGUUGGGGACUUGAAAGGGGACUCAUUUGUGAACUCUUUUACUGUGUCUCGUGUGGCCCAGGUUUGCACGGAUGACAAAGGGGGAAACCGUGUCCUACAGAAGCGCUGGACAUCCUUUGCUAAGGCUCAGCUGGUUUGCCAACAAGCGCAAGAGCUCCAGUUCAACAUGUUGCAAGAUAUUGUCACACUGUCCCCACCAGACGAUGAGUCUCCAGACAAAACUCUGUUCUACGGAGUCUUUAUCCCCCAAUGGUCAUCUUCCUCUGGUCUGUCAGCAGUGUGUGCUUUCAGUUUGACAGAUAUUAAAGAAGCUUUUUCGGGGGACUACAAGACCUAUGAUAUACACGGAAACUUCUGGUCACGCCAGCCAAACACAUACGGCAAACUCGGCAAGUGUGGAUUAUUUAACGACAGUGACAGCGUGUUAAACACUGUAAAAAAGAGCUUCCUUACUGAAAAACCUGUGCGCCCUGUGGGGAAGAAACUGCUUCUAUCAUCCACGGUGGAGCGUUAUAGCCGUAUAGCUGCUCAGAGAACUCAAGCUGCAAAUAAACGCAACUACACCCUCCUAUACCUGAUCACUGAGUCUGGCUUUCUUCAUAAAGUUGUCCUGCUGUCUAAAGGUCCUCAUAUCAUCGAGGAGAUUCAGGUUUUUAAGCAACCACAGACCAUGAAAAAUAUUCUCCUCUCCACCAGCAAGGGUGUGCUGUUCAUUGGCUCUUCUGAGGGUGUAUUUAGUGUGCCUGUGUCCAACUGCUCAGCCUAUCCUAACUGUGCAGAGUGUGUGUUAGCACGUGACCCAUUCUGUGGCUGGGAUUCAGAGACCAGAGUGUGCACUACUGUGUCUAGUAUUGGGUCUCAUCUACACCAGGACGUAGAAGGCGGAGACGUCCAUGAAAAUUGCGUAGAGUUAAAAAAUACUGCUGCAGGUCCUGCUACAGUGACACAGAUAGCACAGUUUAAUGAGAUUGUGGUUUUACCAUGUCCAUUGAGAUCCAGACUGGCAGAAGUGACAUGGAGGUUUGCAAACAACAGUGUUGUGUCCCAGUUUCCAUACCUGCAGCAGACAGACGGCAGCCUGACCUUCCGUGUCACUCCAGAUACUGUGAACACCUACAGCUGCAUCUCAGAGGAACUUGACUUCAAGCAAACCAUUGCUGCCUUCUCUGUAAUUCUUCCUUUUCAACCUCGCUCUCUCUCUGACCCAACAUACCAGAAUCAUGGAAUCGCCCUGAACAAAAGCAAGGACACUGAAGUGGAGCCAAUCCCUGAAUACUACACAACACAUGGGUUUGAAGAAUCAAACCCUACAAAAUGGAAAACGAUAGAUCAAUUUAUUACGACAGACAGGGGCAAUACACAACAAGCGCAGACUAAUCACAUAAACACUUCUGGAAAAGCUGUUUGUAUCUCCCAGAAAAGUUACUACACUGAAAUGGUUGCUUUUUGCUUUCUGUUUGUCAUGUGUCUCUGUGUAUUUGCUGCUUUUGUGGUCCUGUGGAGACACAGUUUGCGAUGUAACAGAACUGCCCCUCAGAAACCCCCUAAAGACACUGAGACAGACAAUAUCUGGCAAACUGAAAUGGAGGAAAAUAAAACCUCUACCAGCUGAGCCCAAAAACCUGCAGUACCAAUAAUAGAAGGGUUUGUCAUAAAGAAUACGCAUAUUCUUGAGAUAUGAUACGAAUCAUGUCCCACACUUUUACAAUGGCAACAUUUUCACUUUGAAAUUAGUCAAAGGGAUGAUCACAAAUGUUCUUGACACAAAUAUAGUUCCAUUUUAUUUAUAAUUCAUUUAUUUCAUUCUUAUAUGUUCUGUCGCAACUAUGUCAGCUCUGCACUGUAAACCCUAAUGUUGUCAUUACUGGAAAAAUCAAGUUGUCUUAAUUAAACAUUACUUGAA